GUAAACAGCGUUUGCACGUUUGUUUAUUUGUGUUUUUUGUGUAUAUGCGUAUAUGAGAAUUUUCGAGUUUUGAAAAACAUAUUCCUUUCCUUUGCUAUAAGAUUGAAAAUGAAAUUUUCUGACGAAUUUUUAUUUAAAAAUGUUACUUUGAAAAAAUUCCGUCAAUUCCCUGCUAUUUCUAUUAAAGAAAGUCUUUUGAUUAACGAUGGAAGCAAUUCAAUUGUAAAAAUACAAGAUCAAAAGUUAUUACACUCUUGGAAUUUAGAACACCCUCACUUUUUUUCAUCUGCUGCUGUAUAUUGUUCUGAAGAUGAUUCUUUAUAUUGUAUAGUUAAUAAUAAUACAUUGCUCAAGUGGUCACCUGAUGAUGAAACUCUGAAUAAUGGCUCCGAAUUUCAGUUUCAAGAGCCUGUGUUUUCUGUGAUACCCUUAAGAAAGCAUAAACCAAUAGUUUUGUUUUCAUCUGGAAAAGUUCUGUUAACAGAACUUCUAUAUGUUUCUUUGGAUCCUAUAGGAAAGGCAUUUAUAUCCGAGGAUGAAGAACUACUGUGGGCCGACGGUAUCGAGAUUCCUUCAGAAACUAAAAUCUUUUGCCUUACUCUACCAAAAGAUUCAACAUCUUACAAAUUUCAUAGCUUUUCUAUUAGAAAAGGAAAAGCUGCUGAUUACACUUCUAAAUUAUUGGAAAAUGGUCAACUUAUAUUGAAGAGUUGGUGCUUUGAUCACUACAAUACUGCUUUUAUAACUAUUUGGUCUGAUGGAACUGUUCAUACUCACCCUGUGCACAAUCUAACACCAUCUUUGUUACUUCAACACAAAAGUAUCAAGGAUCCUCAUAAACUUGCAAUUAGUGUUAUCAAUGCUGAUCAUAUUGCUAUAGCUGUAAAUGAUAGUAAGAAAAAAGAAACUAAAUUAGAAAUGUGGGAUGUAAAGUUCACUUCCCUGAAAGCUAAAAAAACUCUGAAGACCUCACCUGCAGAACACUAUCAACUUAUCACGCUGGAUUCAAGUUUAUUCUUGCAACUGGAUGAAAUCUUAAUUGAAAUACCUUUUAAUAUUGACAAGUCAACCUUAGCUGCUGCUCUUGGGAAAUCUUCUGAUAUUCUUUCAAAGACGGAGUACAGGUGGAAUGCUUCAACUCUCGCAACUGAAAUAGAAAAGCAGUCUGAUGAUGCAAUGGACAUUGAUUGCAGUUCUAAUAAAGAAGCCUUAAAAAUGAUCAGCCGAAAAAAUGCAAUUGAGAAAAUGGAUACAGGUGAAAUAGCCAAUGAAAUUGAAAUAUUAGCAAACCGGUUUAUAAAUGAAGGCUCUAUGUUUAAGACAAACAACAGAGAAUCAGAUCUAUUCAAUUUGCUUUGUUUUGCUCUAAGGUUAAAGUAUAAAAAGAAAACGGCAUGUUCCAUAGACCCGGAUGUCUUAUUAGUAAAUAUUUUUACUUCAACUUACCGAGAAUCAACAUUGGUGCAAUAUAUGAGAAAAAUCCUCUUAUUAGAUGCAGUAAGACUCUUGGAAAUCCUGUUGGAUAUAUCUGAAAAUAAGAUUACUGUUUCAUCCUGUGAUAUGCCAUCAGAUGCUCAAAUAUUUGACUGGGUAUUUAUCUUAAUGAAAUCUCAUAUAGAUGUAUUACUAUCUCCAAAAGAUAAGAAGAUAUUCAAACUUAGGAAAAGAUUAGAUACUUACCUUUCUGAAAAAAUCGGAAUAUAUGAAGAUUAUUUGCUUAUACAAAAUAUGUUUGACAUGAUAAAGAAAGAAAAUAAUAUUUUGCCUAUCAAACAUACUGUAGGGAAAUAUUUUGUAGAAACAAUAGAUAUUUAAUUUCAAA